CGCGCAGCCUGUCGCCGCUGGCGCCUGCUCCCUCUGUCUGCGAGUGCCGGGUCCUGAGAGAGCUGGUGACGCCGAGCUGAGCCGAGCCGAGCGCGACCGAGCGAGCCGGUCCUCCGUGGAGAUUCGCCUCCCCGCGCCGCGGCAGCAUGGGUGCGCGCGGCCCGGCCCUGGGCCUCCUCCUGUUGCUGCUGUGCCCGGCGCAGGUGUUUUCACAGUCCUGUGUUUGGUAUGGAGAGUGUGGAAUUGCAUCUGGAGAUAAGAGGUACAAUUGCAAAUAUUCUGGACCACCAAAGCCUUUGCCAAAAGAUGGUUAUGACUUAGUGCAGGAACUCUGUCCAGGAUUCUUUUUUGGCAAUAUCAGUCUUUGUUGUGAUGUUCAGCAGCUUCAGACACUGAAAGACAACCUGCAGCUGCCUCUCCAGUUUCUGUCCAGAUGUCCUUCCUGUUUUUAUAACCUACUGAACAUGUUUUGUGAGCUGACAUGUAGCCCUCGACAAAGUGAGUUUCUGAACGUUACAGCAACUGAAGAUUAUUUUGAUCCUGUUAUACAUGAGACGAAAACUAAUGUAAAAGAAUUGCAGUACUAUGUUGGAGAGAGUUUUGCCAAUGCGAUGUACAAUGCCUGCAGGGACGUGGAGGCCCCCUCAAGUAAUGACAAAGCCCUGGGACUCCUGUGUGGGAAGGACGCCAAAGACUGCAAUGCUACCAACUGGAUUGAGUACAUGUUCAAUAAGGACAAUGGCCAGGCACCUUUCACUAUCACACCCAUUUUUUCAGAUCUUCCAGCCCAUGGGAUGAAGCCCAUGAACAAUGCUACCAAGGGCUGUGACGAGUCUGUGGAUGAGGUCACGGGGCCGUGCAGCUGCCAGGAUUGCUCAGCCGUUUGUGGCCCCGAGCCCAAGCCACCACCCCCUCCUGUUCCCUGGAGAAUCUUGGGCUUGGACGCCAUGUAUGUCAUCAUGUGGACCACCUACAUGGCAUUUUUACUUGUGUUUUUUGGAGCAUUUUUUGCUGUGUGGUGCUACAGGAAACGGUAUUUUGUCUCCGAGUACACCCCCAUUGAUAGCAAUAUAGCUUUCUCUGUCAAUGCCAGAGACAAAGGAAUGGCUCGGCUCUUAACCUCCACCCUCUCUCCCUCUCCCACUCUUCCAGGGGAGGCAUCCUGCUGCGACCCACUCGGUGCAGCAUUUGAGGGCUGUUUGAGGCGGCUCUUCACACAGUGGGGCUCUUUCUGUGUCCGAAACCCUGGCUGCGUUAUUUUCUUCUCCCUGGUCUUUAUCGCCACAUGUUCUUCGGGCCUGGUGUUUGUCCAGGUCACAACCAAUCCAGUUCACCUCUGGUCAGCCCCCAGCAGCCAGGCGCGCCUAGAAAAAGAGUACUUUGAUACCCACUUUGGGCCUUUCUUUCGCACGGAGCAGCUCAUCAUCCGGGCCCCCCACACCGCCACACACACUUACCAGCCAUACCCCACAGAGACCGAUGUGCCCUUUGGACCUCCACUGGACAUAGAAAUUUUGCACCAGGUUCUUGACUUACAAACAGCCAUCGAAAACAUUAGUGUGUCUUAUAACAACGAGACCGUGUCACUUCAAGACAUCUGCUUGGCCCCUCUAUCACCAUAUAACAACAACUGUACCAUUAUGAGUGUGUUGAAUUACUUCCAGAACAGUCACUCGACGCUGGACCACAAAAUAGGGGAUGACUUCUACGUGUAUGCGGAUUACCACACGCACUUUCUGUACUGUGUACGGGCUCCUGCCUCUCUGAAUGAUACCAGUUUGCUCCAUGAUCCUUGCCUGGGGACAUUUGGUGGACCAGUAUUCCCAUGGCUCGUGUUAGGGGGCUAUGAUGAUCAAAACUACAGUAAUGCCACAGCCCUUGUGAUUACCUUUCUUGUCAAUAAUUAUUAUAAUAAUACCGAGAAGCUCCAGAGGGCCCAGGCCUGGGAACGAGAAUUUAUUAAUUUCGUGAAAAACUACAAGAAUCCAAAUCUGACCAUUUCUUUCACUGCUGAACGAAGCAUUGAAGAUGAACUAAAUCGUGAAAGUAACAGUGAUAUCUUCACUGUUGUAAUCAGCUAUGCCGUCAUGUUUCUGUAUAUUUCCAUAGCCUUGGGGCACAUCAAAAGCUGUAGCAGGCUUUUGGUAGAUUCUAAAAUCUCCCUUGGCAUCACGGGUAUCUUCAUCGUGUUGAGCUCGGUGGCGUGCUCGUUGGGCAUCUUCAGCUACAUCGGGAUCCCCCUCACCCUCAUUGUGAUUGAAGUCAUCCCGUUCCUGGUGCUGGCCAUUGGGGUGGACAACAUCUUCAUUCUGGUCCAGACCUACCAGAGAGAUGAACGUCUUCAAGGGGAAACCCUGGACCAGCAGCUGGGCAGGAUCCUUGGAGAAGUGGCUCCUAGUAUGCUCCUGUCAUCCUUUUCAGAGACAGUAGCAUUUUUCUUAGGAGCAUUGUCAAUGAUGCCAGCCGUUCACACUUUCUCUCUGUUUGCGGGAAUGGCAGUCUUCAUUGACUUCCUUCUUCAGAUUACCUGUUUUGUGAGUCUCUUGGGGUUAGACAUUAAGCGUCAAGAGAAAAACCGGCUAGACGUGCUUUGCUGUGUCAGAGGUGCGGAAGAUGGAACAGGCAUCCAGGCCUCAGAGAGCUGCUUGUUUCGUUUCUUCAAAAACUCCUAUUCUCCACUUCUGCUUAAGGACUGGAUGCGACCAAUUGUGAUAGCAGUAUUCAUGGGUGUUCUGUCAUUCAGUAUUGCAGUCCUGAACAAAGUAGAAAUUGGAUUGGAUCAAUCUCUUUCAGUGCCAGAUGACUCCUACGUGAUGGAUUAUUUCAAGUCCUUCAGUCAGUACCUGCAUGCAGGCCCACCCGUCUACUUUGUCCUGGAGGAAGGGCACAACUAUACUUCUCUGGCAGGGCAGAACAUGGUGUGCGGGGGCGUGGGCUGCAACAGCGACUCCCUGGUGCAGCAGAUCUUCAACGCGGCCGAGCUGGAAAACUAUACCCGGAUAGGCUUUGCUCCCUCAUCCUGGAUUGACGAUUACUUUGAUUGGAUUAAGCCACAGUCUUCUUGCUGUAGAGUCUACAAUGGCACUGACCAGUUCUGCAACGCUUCAGUGGCUGACCCUACCUGCAUCCGCUGCAGGCCUCUGACUCCCGAGGGCAAACAGAGGCCUCAGGGUGGAGACUUCAUGAGAUUCCUGCCCAUGUUCCUUUCUGAUAACCCGAAUCCCAAGUGUGGCAAAGGGGGACAUGCUGCUUAUGGGUCAGCAGUUAACAUCCUUGGUAAUGACACGAGUGUCGGAGCCACGUACUUCAUGACCUACCACACCGUGCUUCAGACCUCUGCUGACUUUAUUGACGCCAUGAGAAAAGCUCGCCUCAUCGCUGCUAACAUCACCAAAACCAUGAGCCAGGAAGGAAGUAACCACCAUGUAUUCCCAUACAGUGUGUUCUAUGUCUUUUACGAACAGUACCUGACUAUUAUCGAUGACACGAUCUUUAACCUCUGCGUGUCCCUGGGAGCGAUCUUUCUGGUGACUGUGGUUCUCCUGGGCUGUGAGCUGUGGUCUGCAGUGAUCAUGUGUGUCACCAUCGCCAUGAUCUUAGUCGACAUGUUUGGCAUCAUGUGGCUGUGGGGCAUCAGUCUGAAUGCAGUUUCCUUGGUCAACUUGGUUAUGAGCUGUGGCAUUUCCGUGGAGUUCUGCAGCCACAUAACGAGAGCAUUCACAGUGAGUGCGAAGGGAAGCCGUGUGGAACGGGCAGAAGAGGCACUCUCUCACAUGGGCAGUUCUGUAUUCAGUGGAAUCACACUUACAAAGUUUGGAGGGAUUGUGGUAUUGGCCUUUGCCAAAUCUCAAAUUUUCCAGAUAUUUUACUUCAGGAUGUAUUUAGCUAUGGUCUUGCUGGGAGCCAGUCAUGGAUUAAUAUUCCUCCCUGUCUUACUCAGUUAUAUAGGACCAUCAAUAAAUAAAGCCAAAAGUUUGGCUACUCAAGAGCGAUAUCAAGGUACAGAGAGAGAACGACUCCUCAAUUUCUAACCCUUUACAGAGUUUGGAGACUUUCAACUGUCUACGGGUCAGUCAGUUCACCACUGGACAGUAGCUGCAUUGCCAAGGCUAAGUUGAACAGUUGGUGUUAUCAGACUUCAAGUGGUUUUAACAGCAGCAGCUUUGGCCGUAGUGCUUUUAAACUCAGGAAUGCAAAUCCGACUUGUGAAGCAGUAUUACUAAAUCUGAAGGCAACCCUAGGACACUCUAAGCAUCUUCCAGUUCUCCAGGAAUGAAAUCUAAUUUUUCAGCAAGCGGAAGUUUGACACUAGGAUGGUUAUGAAUGUGACCUGCUCACUGACAUUUUUAAAAGGCCAAUCAAUGCAGCAUUUCUCCUUUUUUUAGGAGUAAGCCUUCACACAAGUUCUAAACCAUAUUUUUAGUAAAAUUUCGGAAUGUUGCAAAUAUACUUUAUUAUAACA